AGUAUCAAACAGUUGACUGUCGACUGAAUCUUCGCCAACACGCGUUACCACAGAUAAGCUCCAAAACUGAUAAAAAAUCGUCGCUCGUUUUUGGCCUAAAAAUUAAUUUUGCCGGUUUCGAUGCGGGUGUGAUGAGCUUUUGAGAAUGUGUGAUGUUUAUUCUGAAAGCAACUACAGAUGAUGUGUUUUUGUGAUAUUUUUGCGAUUUGAUUUUUUUUUUUUUAAUGGCUUUGGAGCUGAGUUCACAUCCUCCCAUGCCGUUGGACUAUAGCAAUGGGGGGACGAGAGAAAAUUCGACAAGUCCGGUGAAUGUUUCCGAUUCCGCUCCGUCAAGUCCGCCGGGAAGUAGCGCCUUCACCGUCGUGACGCCCAAAGGAAGAGAUCUCCUGCCGGACCGAAACGGAUCUCCUGUUCAGUUUCCUUCUCCGACAGGAUUUGCGAGCUACUGCAGAACGCUCUGGGGCUCACCCUUCAUUUCAAGCAGCCCUCGUUAUUUAUCUCUCGCUCAAAACCAUUCCGAACAAUCAACCGACAAGUCCAAAGAACCAAUCAACUUCGGCAUCAGUCGACUAGUCACGAAAUCCGAAGACGAAGACGAACAAACCAACAACAACAACAACAACAACGCAAAAUACGAAAGUAGCGACGAAAUGAAACUAAAUCGAUGGGACAACUCACCCAGACCCUCACCCAGCACUUCGCCAGAGCUGGAAGUGGACUCUCCUCCACACUCCCGAACUAACUCGCCUUCGCCUCGGCCUCCUUCAGUCACCGAGUUGAACAAAAGCGAGACUUCGAAGAAAUCCGAAGCGUUUUCGGUCAGUGCUUUACUCCGACCUGACAAUCCAAAAAAAUCAGACGGGCCUUGUUACCAAGAAACCAUAUCAGUAACUCGAUCAUAUCUCUAUCCACCGUUCGUUGAUUUAUUAAAAGACGCCCAACUUAAAUCAAACCCAGACUAUGGCUCCGCAUUCCUUCCGAGAAACUUUGUACAUCCCGGAUUUUUCCCACCCGGACUCUACUCACAAAAAGAGAGCGAGGAACGAGGCUUUUUGCCCACCCCCACAAGUUUGUACUUUAGUGCAGUUGCUGCAGCUAUGGCAAAUGGACAGUCGCAGCCUGGACAAUACCCUCCACCACCCACUUCGGAGGAGCUGUUUAGGUUAAGGCACCACCUUAUGAAUAGUCCAGGGGUUCAUCCGCACCAUCAUCAUCUGUUGAUGAGGCCCGGAAUGAUGCCUCUGGGGGACGUUUAUUCGUGUAUUAAGUGCGAGAAAAUGUUUUCGACACCUCAUGGACUUGAGGUCCACGCCAGGAGGUCGCAUAAUGGGAAAAGACCGUUCGCUUGCGAGCUGUGCAAUAAGACGUUCGGACACGAAAUCAGCCUCAGCCAACACAGAGCUGUCCAUAAUGUGGAAAAAGUAUUCGAAUGCAAACAGUGCGGUAAAUCGUUUAAAAGAUCUUCGACUCUCUCGACUCAUCUCCUUAUACAUUCCGAUACUCGGCCGUACCCUUGCCAAUACUGCGGCAAGAGGUUUCAUCAGAAGUCAGACAUGAAGAAGCACACUUAUAUUCAUACCGGCGAGAAGCCGCACAAGUGCACCGUCUGCGGCAAGGCCUUCAGCCAAUCCUCCAACCUCAUCACACACUCCCGGAAGCACACUGGCUUCAAGCCCUUCGCCUGUGACCUCUGUGGACGGGCUUUCCAGCGCAAGGUGGAUUUGCGACGGCACAAAGAGACCCAGCACACGGAGUUGAGGCCCAUCGUCACAUAGUGCCAAAGCGCCGGAAGCAGUGUUGCGCUUCCGGCCAAGGAGGACGAAGGAGGCAAGUUGUUCAGGCCGCAUUCAACGCUAAUGGACCAAAAUGCGUCGGCACAUUUGAUCAGCGCUGAAUCGGCGCCGCAACUGCCGCCGAUACGUUCAGUGUUUUCAAAUGUUUGUUGGACGUCGUAAACAUACCAAAGACUUACCAAAUUCACUCUAGGCUUUCAUCUGUGAUUUUUUGACAUCAUAUGAGAUAUGGUGCUAGUUUUGGACUACUUUUGUAUUUGUUGCGAGACCUUUUGGAAUCGGAUUCCGGGAGGGAGAAGCACCGACUUGGGUCACACUGUACUAGGUGUUAUUACAAAUAUUUAAUAUCUAACGUGCAAUUUGUUGUUUCAUAGUGCAAUUUUACAGCUAUUAAUGACGAUGGAAACAUAUCAGAAUAACUGGCAUUAUUUUCAGCACUUUACAUUUUCUUAAUUAAUAAAGUCCAAGAUUUUUGGAACUACAAACCAACGAACUAAGCACCUAUAAUUAGACACACAUUUUUAAAAUUUGAAAUACGAGCAAGAAAAAAAAACUGGUGAUGGACAAGACUAUUUCUAAAGUAAAAGGUGGAACCUGCUAAAACUUUUGAAACUACAAAACCGAAAAAUAAGGUAAUGUGCAACGACUUCUAAUUCAUUUACUUUUUGUUUACCCAUGACAGACGGGACGAAAAAAAUCUUGUGUAUGAAAGUAGCUCAAGAAAAUGUAUUCAGACAGGUUUUAAUUAUUAAAGACUUUUGACAAUAUUAAAAUUAGACAGUGGAAAUUAAAAAUUCUUGGUUUUGUUUAACAAUGUAAGAAAUAAGAACAACAUUUUAUCGUGACAUCAAUGUUAUAAAGAUCAGUAUUUUAUAUUAUCGCCUAAAAGGCAUAGUAUGUAAAUUUUAGACUUUAAUGAAUUAUUUCAAUUUAAGUGAUUGUCCUCUCUCAAAAACUUUUUUGUCAGAAAAUACAUUAAAUAUAAACCGAGUUCUGUAUUUUGGGAGAAACUUAACAUUACUAAAAUCAUUUUGAAAUUUCGAGGUCAGGUCGCAGUUUUCUUGGAACUGGUGUCCAGUAAAAGUCUUAGCUUUAUUUUUCUAACAAAUAACUUCUUAGAGAACGAUGUUUUCUAAAAAAAAACAAAAUGUUUAGUUUGAUUAAAUAUUUCCAAAGAAUUGAUUUACAUAACGGUAUAACGAUAAUAACAAAAAAUAUUUAGUUUAAACAAUGUAGUUGCAGUAAUUGCUUAAUAGAAAGCCGAAAUUUGAGAGUUGCAAGUUGGAGCUACAAUAUCACUGGUCUCAAAGUCGCGUAGAGACCAUAUCUUUAUUUACAACAGAGGCGCAACGCCUCAGGAAUAUAAAACAGGCUUCCUUGAUUGAGCAACUUGAUUUUUAACCAGAGCUGCCUCCAACUACGGAUUGAAAUCGUAGUCUCGAGGAAAAGCGAGAUUUUGCCCGCAGCAGCACCGCAGCAAAUUGAAAAAUAUUCCAUUCUUUCAAGCAUCUCGUGAAUUAUUUAUCAGAGUCGUAAUUAACGUCCAUUAGCAUUGUUUAUUUUGACUGAGUCGAAUUCGCGCGCUAGUUUUCGAGAAAAAGGAAGGGACAGAUUAACGCCUCCUGAUUAAAUUAUGCACAAUGCGGCGUUGUCAUGUCAUGUAACUCCAUACUCCCAGAGCUGUGGUAGGGAAGAUCACGACACUAGAAAGCUGGUUUCCGGUUUCAGCAUCGUGUCGACACCCCCACUUUCCACCACCAAAACUGUCAACUUUCAUUCGCUUAAACGACUGAUUUUACUUCAACAAUUCUAGAUUUUCAAAGCUCUGCUCCUGAAAAUCUUCCUUCACGUGAAAUAUUUAUCGCAAAGAGUGCUGAAAGUAUUGCCAGACGACUCGAGUUGUCUGUUCAUGUAACAACCACUUUUAUUAUUCAUUAUUGCUAUUACAUGGGAUUCAUUCAUAUUACAACAACUCUUAUUGAUCUCACAAUCAACACGUCAUUAGUUUAACAAAAGUUAUUAUCAGAAUCGGAUACUGUUCUAGUUACACUCUAAAUUCAUUAUUACUACACUAGUCAAUAAAAAUGUUAUUGUUACCAAAUCCGAUUCUUAUAAUUGAGAUUUAGUUAAGUACAACUUCCCAACGAUAUUAUUUUACAAUAUGCGAAUGUAAAUACUUUCCAUUAUUGUUAUUUUUGUGGAUAGCUUUAGUCAAUGUUAAAUGUAUUAUAAAAUAAUGUAAAUUAUCAAAUUCAAAGUACAUAGACGUAAGGCACUUUGUAUGUAAAUGUGAAAAUUCCUGUAAAUAAGCUUAUGUGUACGUUUUAACACACAGUUUUAUUCUGUCACCAGAAAGUAAAUAAAAUAUUGUGAUUAUAAAA